GAUAAAUUACAGUCAUUGGGUAAAAAAAAAUCUUUGCUUUAAGAAAUGGAACAUUUUUGCUUGCAGUUGCUUAAGGUCUGGGGUGGCGGUAUUCGACAUUGUUUUGUAUACAGGCUGACAGUGCCAUUACAGGAAUUGUAACACGAAGGGCUGUAGAAACCAAACGUCGGGAGCACAGUCGUCGCUUAUAAGACACGAUUAUUUCACUCUAUACUACGUUUAAAAGAGAAAAUAUAUAUCGUUUUUUUUAUUCCAUAACGAGAAGUAAAGGGUCUUUCCUGGGAAGCACAAUGGCUGAACAAAACAGCGGAUAUCAGCAGUUGCAAAAUGAGGAGGAACUAGGAGAAAGCUCACAGACUGUCCCAGACGCUCCUCCAUCCUACAGCAGCCUUGCAGCAGACAACGCAGCUUACUUUGAUUAUAAAGAUGAAUCUGGUUUUCCAAACCCCCCUUCGUAUAAUGUUGCCACAACGCUCCCGUCUUACGAUGAAGCUGAAAGAACUAAGGCAGAAGCAACUAUUCCUCUUGUUUCUGGAAGGGAGGAUGAUUUUGUGGCCCGGGAGGACUUUGAUGAUGCUGACCAGUUAAGGAUAGGAAAUGAUGGCAUAUUCAUGCUGACUUUCUUCAUGGCAUUCCUCUUCAAUUGGAUUGGGUUCUUCUUGUCCUUCUGCCUGACCACCUCGGCUGCAGGUCGAUACGGGGCUAUCUCUGGGUUUGGUCUCUCACUCAUCAAGUGGAUCCUUAUUGUCCGGUUUUCCACCUAUUUUCCUGGAUACUUUGAUGGUCAGUACUGGCUGUGGUGGGUGUUCCUUGUACUGGGGUUCCUUCUGUUUCUCAGGGGCUUCAUCAACUACGCCAAGGUUCGGAAAAUGUCGGACUCUUUUUCCACUCUCCCCAGAACCCGAGUCCUCUUCAUUUACUAAAGAUGUGUUCUAAAAAAAAAAUGCCUUCCUGCACUUAUGAGUUCUGGAAGAAAAAUCUCCUUCACAAAUCAACUGCCCCCUGCAGGAAAGGAAUCAGGACCUCGAUCACUGAAGACUUAAAAAGACAAAAAGAAAUCACUGCUUUAAAUACUUCAAUACUGUUUAAGAAUGAGACAUUUCUUUCUAUAUGUUUCUAGAUGUACAAUUUUACUAGUGGAUGCUGAAAAUUCUGUAACCAAUCAUUAGUGGCUAAUGUUUAAGUGCUAUUGCAAUUAAGUCUGUGAUGUACGAAUAACGCCUUAUAUAUCUGUUUGUAGUUAAAUGGCAUGCACUGUGCCCUUUUAGCCAGUAGAGGGCAGUCUUGCUUUAUCUUUUCUCUGUUCCUUGAUUUGGAAACAACAUUUAGUGUUAAGAUGCUGGUCAUGAUUUACAGAAAUGGGGGCUCUCAGUAGUUCAGAUAGUGGUUUUCAAUAUCUUGAAACAUUUUAAUGCAGUGUUUAUUUGAUAAUGUUUUUAAAUGCAAUUUGCAAUACCUAGAAAAUUGUAAAAAAAAUAAAUAGAUAUAGUGCUUUUAAUCUUAUUUCACACAUGUAUAACUUAAAUAUAUAUAGUUAAUGGAAAGGGUAGAAAUACACAAUACAGUUGGAGGAUUCUUUCUCUAUAAUUAGCUGAGUUUGCAAGAAAAAAAGAAAAUAAAUCAAUAAAUAACUAAAAGAACCAAGGCAGUACUACAGGCUUUCAGUUUUCAUUAUCAUUGUAAUGCUCUGGCUACUACCCUGCCAAUUUCUGUAGUGUUGUUUUGUUAAAAAUACAUAUUAAAGGCCUCAUUCAAACUUUAAAUGUACUCUGGGAUUAUUUUAUGUCUUACCAUCUGUUUUUUAAUAACCUGCAUGGCAUAGUCACCUAUUAGGUCUCUAUGAUCAAAAUAAUGACUUUCCAGGGUGCAAUUGGACCCAUCGGUCAAAGGUUUUGUCCAGUUGAAAAUUUAGGUGGUCACAGCUUGCCUUUUGACUCAUUUUAAGGAAAAAAAAUGGCAGGCUUAUUUAAACUCAUCAAACAACAAUAUCUUGGAGACACGACCUAGACCUCAAGUUGUGGCUAGGUGGUUUUUUAGACAUUGGAUUCAAAUUCAGUCUACAAUAAUGAUGUGGCUACAUUCGUUUUAACCAUGUCUUAGAAAGCAUUUGAAAUACAGAGUUUAUUUUUGUACUAUUAUAUACACACUUCAGGCUAGCAGUGACCUUAACGUUGACCUCUCGUGUGAGGAUUUGACCAUAAAGACCCUGUGGAUUGGAUAUAAUGAAAUUCUGCAGAUUAUGUCAUCUACAGCACCUGGUGAUUUAACAAAGAAUGAUUUGCAAUUGGAACAAAAAUGCUGCUGCUCUUGGAGAAAACUACAUAGACAACAUUUUUUGCUUUACCAUAAUCCUGAAGUAUGUGCAUCAGCUGACCAAAUGAGUCUUUUUAUUCAUUCAAUAUGAGGCAGAAAUCAAUGCCAGGCACUUUAAAAACAUUUAUUAGGGCAAUAGAAAUAUUUCCUCCCUUUUGCAAAACAGUUCUGUAAAUCAUAAUGUGGUUUAAAAGUGAUAUACUAUUAAGGCCGACUUGAGAACUUUUGAGAUGAUCCCUGAGAUUCAUGUACAAUUUGCUUUUAAUAAUCUGAUGUAAUAUUGUGUGUAAGCAGAACCAUUCUACUGCAUUGUAAGAAUGGACUGAUUCAUUAUUUUGUGCUUUCUGCCAAGUAGUACUGCAUCUUGUUUUUUUAUUGUUAAAAUAACAUGUAAGACUGUAAAUAUAGCAAAACAUCUAAUAAAUGUCACUUAUAUAGCA